AUGGUUAAGGGUCUUCUCCGUGGUUCAACUCCCUCCUUUGCGGAUUUCAUCAUUGGGGGUUUGGCGGGAUGCUGUGCAAAGACUGCUAUUGCUCCCCUAGAUCGAGCAAAAAUUAAUUUUCAAAGUACCUCAUUUUUGACGAAGUUAAAUGUUGCAGCCUCAGAAAUGUGUUUUAAUGUAAAGGCUCUGUUUAACUUCUUGAAGCAUUCAUACUUAACUGCCGGUGUUCGUAGUCUGUGGCGAGGGAACUCUGCAACAUUAACAAGGAUAUUUCCCUAUGCAGCGGUUCAAUAUGGAGUUCACGAGCGUGCCAAACACUAUCUUGGUAUUAGUGAUUUGCCGCAUCAUUGCCUAUCGAAAAGCCAGGUUCAAUUAAGACGAUUUUUGGCGGGUUGCAUCGCUGGAACUGUCUCAGUUUCUUUCACUUAUCCUCUAGAUCUGGUACGAGCUCGUAUGGCCGUCACAGAACGUGUAAAGUACGCCAACCUAGUUGAUGUGGUAAGACUGACCUGUCGGGAAGAGAAUCUGCGAUCUCUCUACCACGGCUUCACUCCUGCUCUUUUUGGUAUACUUCCGUAUUCUGGCAUUGCCUUUUUCACCUUCGAAACACUCAAGGAGUGGCGAAUCAAAAAAAGACUGACCUCAGAUAAUCGAUCUCCGCAGAGCUUGAGACCUAUUGAAAAUCUCUCUUGUGGAGCUUUAGCGGGCGUUCUGGGUCAGACUGCCUCCUACCCUCUAGACAUUGUUCGAAGACGAAUGCAGACAGGGAGUGUCACUGGUCAUCCAGAGUACACGAGGAGCAUUAUGGGUACGCUGCGAAUUGUGUAUCGGCAAGAGGGUCUGUUUCAUGGGCUCUACAAGGGCGUAACAAUGAAUUGGAUCAAGGGUCCGAUUGCAGCCGGUAUCAGUUUCACGGUUUUUCAUCAGCUGCAACACUUCUACACCCUCUGGCAAAAUCAGCGGGGAUUACCCAGACCCUGA